GAUCGAGCCGUGACCAGAUAAUGACAUCUCUGAACGAUUUCGUUCUUAUUUUCGUCCGCGUUUGUCGCAUCACGUCAAGCGGAUUCAGGACAGGGCCGAGACACGCUGGAAACGACCACGCUUCUCUCUCGAUGUCGGGGACUGAGGGACACCCACGAGACAGGGGCACGAAAAAGCGACGAGUCGUUAUGCGUGGAAGAGGAAAGAAACGUCUCGAGGAUGUAUUGCGUGUUCAGCAGCGCGAGGGAGAUUGUGUCGAAACGAAAUACGGUUCAAGGGGAGAAACACGGAAAAACCGCGAUAUCUUUUCUUCGAAACCACGUUCAAAGAUCCCGAGGAUAAUUUGAUGACUGUCCAACUUCGGCGGCAGUCCGGGGUCAUCGUCAAUCAUAACCACGAGGUUAUCACCGGACCAGCAAAGGUGGGGAGAUUUUUGUCCGUAGACGUCGACGUUCCGCGGUAUUCACUGUCGUUGGAGCAUCGAAAGCGAACGAUCCUGACGAUCGUAGUCGGCCCAAAGGGAAUCGCGCGUGUGUGACUGAAGAGGGAGAGGCACAGGAGGCCAUCCGCCGGCAAGGAUAAAUAAGUAUUAAUAAUAAUAAUAGAAACGAAGGAUGGAAAAGAAGAAAAGUCUGAAGCGGGUGUUCCGAAGGAGUUUCAGUGAAACGUCGCAGAGGCGGAAAGUCUGCUGGCUUUACGGACUUGCGGCGAUUAUAAGCAUCGCGAUAUUUUCACUGUUUUGGUGCACCAACAUUUUCCGCGACGCGAUUCUCUCGAAUUUGGUGAUUCGAAACGGAACCGCUUCUUUUCUGUUUUGGCAGCGGCCACCAGUAAGCCUCCUCGGGAAGAUCUAUAUUUUCAAUUACACGAACGUCGAGGAGUUCCAAAACGGGAACGCGGAUAAAUUGAAGGUAGAAGAAGUCGGACCGUACAUAUACCGGGAGACUCUCAGUCGAACGAACGUGCAGAUGAACGAUAAUGGGACGGUGACGUAUCAGGAGAAAAGAAGCUACGAAUGGGUCGGCGGAGAAUCAGAGACCGACAGAAUCGUCGUGCCGAACAUGUUACUGAUGUCCACCCUCGCCUAUUCUCGUAAUCUUAUCUACCUGGUUCAGAUUGGACUGACGGUGGUCUUGUCGAAGCUGCGAACCGAAACGUUCCUCGGUUUAUCGGUUGGCGAGUACCUCUGGGGUUACGAGGACGAGCUGUUCAAAAUGGUCAAGUCGGUCGCCUCGUUGAAGGAGCCCGUGCCUUUGGACAAGUUCGGGAUUCUCGCGAUUAAAAACGGUCUGAACACGGAUCGCAUCACUAUGCACACGGGUGUCGACAUGCGCAGCUUGGGACUGAUACAGAGUGUCAACGGUUUGGAGAACCAUCAUACGUGGGGAGAUGACAGCUGCGAUCGAAUUGAUGGUACCGAUGGUAGCAUGUUCCCACCGCAGUGGAUCGAGGAGCCUAAUACGAAUUCGACUGUUUAUAUAUACGCGAAGGAUGUCUGUAGGAGUCUACCCUUUCGCUAUGAACGUCGAAGCUUCACGAACGGUAUACCCACCUUGAGGUACAAAUUACCGAGCGAUAUUUUCGCCACGAACAAAGAUUCGUGUUUCUGUUCAAAGGAAUCGGCCGAUUCGUUAGAAAGAAGGUGCCCUCCAGCUGGAACGUUCAACGUUUCCGCUUGCAAGCAAGGCACGCCGUUAGUGGUUUCUUUCCCGCACUUUUAUGCGGGAGACGAAUCGCUGUUUAAAAAGAUCGACGGUCUCUCGCCUAGGCGAGAUCGUCACGAAAGCUACAUUGAUCUCCAUCCGCGACUGGCGGUAACGGUGAACACCAGACUGAGGUUGCAGCUGAACCUGGAAGUGAGGAAAGCUGUUGGCAUGCCCUUUUCGGGGAAGCUCGAGGAUGGCCUCAUCCUUCCGCUGAUAUGGGUAGACAGCACGAUAGACGAUAUGCCAGAAUCAGUUCUGGAAAUCCUUCACCGUAGUUACUACUUGGUGAACGCAGUCGAAGCGGGUUUUCAAUGGUGUAGCCUGGUCUGCGCGGUUCUCUCGUUUGGUGCUCUCAUCGCGGCUUUGACAAGAGAUGACGAGAGGUCAUCGAGCAAAUCGUCGAAACCGGAUCAACGAACCGAACUCGAUCGAUUUUAAAUCGAAAUCAAUUUCGAUCUCAUCCUUGGACUCAUAUUCCGUAUUGCGAGAACGCAGUGAAUGCUCAGUGAAUUCCAUUUCGCGGACUCAUACGUAAUACGAAUAGUUCGCGUAGCGAACUUUUACUAUUACAUAGUUCGGUUAAACUGGAGAAAUUCAUUCUGGUUCAUUUCUGAGCCGCGUGCAUCGUAAUAUUCUCUUGCGCGUAAAUGGUUUCGUGAUCGCGAUCGCGAUAGCGAUCCGAUUGCACGAAUUACGUUCAGCGAAUCACAGUGCCUUUCUACAUGCCGAUAACCCAGGUCGCAUCGUACGACACCAUCCGGCAAACCGAGAUAAGCGGACUCACUUUGUUUUUUCUUACCUCUAUCGCAUGCGCUCCUCGACUUAUGACUUACGGCUACGUACGUCACACGGAUUCAAUUAACCAGCGAUUAUCUGUUGUACAUAAUUUUAUUGUCAGUUUCCACGAUGUUGUUUGAAAUUAUCUGGAAUGGACCCGA